UCAAAGGCUUUCCAUGAACACAAGAACCUUCAUUGUCUUCUCUCUCCUCUUAAAAGGUCUCUUUCUACGGGAAAUAGUCUUCUAAAAGUGAAAUUAAGCUUCAUGGAUGAUGGUGUUGGGAAAAUAAAGAUUAUCCCAGAUCACUUUAAUGCUUCCGCUUCCAGUUCAGACUCUCUUCAAAACGGAACUCCAUCUGUUUCGCGGCCAAGAACCGAAAAUUCUUUGAGGCCGUCCCAAAGCCGCGUCUGGAGUCGGAGAAAAUUAAAGAGUGCUGCAUACAUGUUGAACUUGUUAAGCCUCCGGAGACUCCCUUGGAGUUCCGGUGCUGAUGGCCAGGAAAAGGUUGAACUAACUGCUGCAGAAGUCGAAUCUCUUCGGUCGGAGAUUGCUGAUUUAGAAGAGAGGGAAGCUCACUUAAAAGCUCAGUUGGAACAUACAGAUGAAAUUCUGCGGUCUGCUCGUCUCUCUGGCUAUUUGUACAUACGAACUAGGUGGACAGCACUACCAGGAGAACCCCCUCCUCUUGACGACACCGAUGUUGAUGACUGGCUUCCUCGCUUCGUUGUCCUACAUGGACCAUGUCUCUUCUUCUUUCUAAUCUCCACAGAUAAAUUUGCAGAUCUGAGUCCUCAAGACUCCACUCUGUUAUCGGAUGUUGACGAAAUAGCUUCCUUGCCAAGUUUCGUACGCGAAGGUGAAGGGACAAUAUAUGCAUUUUAUAUAUCAACUCAUCAAGGGUUGCGUAUCGAGUGCUCGAGCAGUUCUAAGAUUCAGGUAGACGCCUGGUUGACAGCGUUAAAAACAGAUUGCAAACUGGGGUUUGAUACUAAAGCUCCUAAUGGAAUGUACGAUGUAAAUUAAUUAACUAUUUUCAGCUCUCUACUUGUACAUAGGUUGAGUUAGAUUUAUGGUUCAAACAGCCAAUAAACUUUUAUCAUAGAAGAAAUUCAUUCAUUCUACCUUUGUUUAUCAAAUUUUGUUUAAAGAUUG